CACAAACGCUUUAUUGCUUAACCCUCACCACCUUCCUCCCUUUUUCGAUUUUCUUUCACUACAUUCCCUAAAAACAAAGCCUUCGAAAUUUUGUUUUGGCCAUGACAACCUAUGGCACGAUCCCGACUUCCUCAUUGCCCUCGGCUAACAUCAAAUGCCUUUCUCAAGCCAAAGACCAUAUCCAAGAGGGCCUUGGAACUCGACGUCCAUGGAAACUCAUGUUCAACACCCACUCCAUCAACCUCCCUCGAACUCUCUCUGAAGCCAUUUCCAGGUUCAAAACUAACGCGUGUUACUUCCGUAUGAAUUACGCCAUGAUCGUGCUCAUCAUCCUUUUCCUCAGCCUAUUAUGGCACCCCAUCUCCCUCAUAGUCCUCGUUAUAAUGAUGGCCCUUUGGUUGUUCUUGUACUUCCUGCGGGAUGAACCCUUGGUUGUUUUCAACCGCUCGAUUGACGAUCGCGUGAUUCUCGUUGCACUCGGAGUUUCGACCUUCCUGUUCUUGCUGUUGACUGAUGCCACCUGCAACAUUUUGGCUUCAGUUUCGAUCGGUGCGGUUGUGGUCUUGUUGCACGCUUCGUUGAGGAAGAUCGAUGAUUUGUAUGAUGAAGAAAAUGCUGGCUUGGUUUCUGGACCUUCAUCAUCUUCAUAACUCUUGAUUUCUUUUCUUUUUCCAUUCACAUGCCCUACAAAGCUAGCCAUUGUUUAAGUGAAUAGUUUAUGAUAAUUUGGCCGAGUAAACUGUAUGCUGAAACAGUCUGGUUAUGGUUCUGGCUCU